CCUGUGCCAGGGAGGAGGGGGACUCUGGGGCCCUGUGCCAGGGAGGACGGGGAGUCUGGCCCCUGUGCCAGAGAGGACGGGGAGUCUGGCCCCUGUGCCAGGGAGGAGGGGGACUCUGGGGCCCUAUGCCAGGGAGGAUGGGGAAUCUGGCCCCUGUGCCAGGGAGGACGGGGAAUCUGGCCCCUGUGCCAGGGAGGACGGGGAACCUGGCCCCUGUGCCAGGGAGGACGGGGAGUCUGGCCCCUGUGCCAGGGAGGAGGGGGACUCUGGGCCCCUGUGCCAGGGAGGAUGGGGAAUCUGGCCCUGUGCCAGGGAGGAUGGGGAAUCUGGCCCUGUGCCAGGGAGGACGGAGAACCUGGCCCCUGUGCCAGAGAGGACGGGGAGUCUGGGCCCCUGUGCCAGGGAGGAGGGGGACUCUGGGGCCCUAUGCCAGGGAGGAUGGGGAAUCUGGCUCCUGUGCCAGAGAGGACGGGGAGUCUGGCCCCUGUGCCAGGGAGGAGGGGGACUCUGGGGCCCUAUGCCAGGGAGGAUGGGGAAUCUGGCCCUGUGCCAGGGAGGACGGGGAGUCUGGCCCCUGUGCCAGGGAGGAUGGGGAGUCUGGCCCCUGUGCCAGGGAGGUGGGGGAGUCUGGCCCCUGUGCCAGGGAGGUGGGGGAGUCUGGCCCCUGUGCCAGGGAGGACAGAGAACCUGGCCCCUGUGCCAGAGAGGACGGGGAGUCUGGGCCCCUGUGCCAGGGAGGAGGGGGACUCUGGGGCCCUAUGCCAGGGAGGAUGGGGAAUCUGGCCCCUGUGCCAGGGAGGACGGGGAGUCUGGCCCCUGUGCCAGGGAGGAGGGGGACUCUGGGGCCCUAUGCCAGGGAGGAUGGGGAAUCUGGCCCUGUGCCAGGGAGGACGGGGAGUCUGGCCACUGUGCCAGGGAAGAUGGGGAGUCUGGCCCCUGUGCCAGGGAGGAUGGGGAGUCUGGCCCCUGUGCCAGGGAGGUGGGGGAGUCUGGCCCCUGUGCCAGGGAGGACAGAGAACCUGGCCCCUGUGCCAGAGAGGACGGGGAGUCUGGGCCCCUGUGCCAGGGAGGAAGGGGAAUCUGGCCCCUGUGCUAGAGAGGACGGGGAGUCUGGGCCCCUGCAGGUGGGGGGGGGCGGGAUGAGGAACAUGGAAGUAGCGCAUUUGCUGGGAGGGGGCGGCGAGAUCCAGGUUCUCCCUGUGGCGGCUCCGUGGAGGAGCCCGGGGUGUGGGAAACGAGCCAUCUGAAGAGGCUGGAAGCUGGGGGGGGGGGGGCCUCGCCCCCGUGUCUGCUGGAAACCACUUGGCGGACAGCGGAGAUGGGCCGGACCGAGCCGGCCACUGCACUCCCAGAGGAAGGGGAAGCACAAGGUCCCGGGGGAUGCUGGAGCCGGAGGCGGGGAGGGGGGGGGGGGCGUUCUGAGCCGGCGAUGGGGGCUCGGAGCAUGAGGCCCCGGCAGCGGGGAGACGCCCGGCCCAGAGCGGAGCGUGGGGGGCCGAAGGCAGGAGAACCCCUGCCCGGGGAAGGUCAAGGCCUCGGGCGCCUGGGAAAGCGUGAGGGACUGGAGGGGGCCGGGGCUUCUGGCCCAGAAUGGCCGCGCUGGGCCCGGAGCAGGACCAGGGGGCCGGCACAGCCGGGGACGCUGCUUCCCUCGAGGCGCUCGUUUCAUCCCCGGGACAGGAUGGGUCGGAGCCACCGCAUCUGCGGAGAGACUCGGUCCCCAGCCUGAUGUGGGAGUGUGGGCAAGAGGCGGCCCUGGGGAGCUGCCCCGAAGCAGUCUCCGAGAUGGAGAGGGCCGGGCCUGGGGGCCUCGGAGGUGAGGGAGGGGCCGGGCCUGGGGGGUGAGGGAGGAGCCGGGCCUGGGGGCCUCGGAGGUGAGGGAGGGGCCGGGCCUGGGAGGCCUCGGAGGUGAGGGAGGGGCCGGGCCUGGGGGGUGAGGGAGGGGCCGGGCCUGGGGGCCUCGGAGGUGAGGGAGGGGCCGGGCCUGGGGGCCUCGGAGGUGAGGGAGGGGCCGGGGUGGAGAUGAGAAGGGGCCGUGGGCCCGGAGCUGGAGGGCGGAGCGCUGGUCCUCGACCCCCGCGGCCACCAUCACCUCUUGGCCGUGGGCAGUACUGGCGCACACAGGUGCCAAACUAAAGCGCUUCAGGCUUAGGCUUUGCUGAGUUUCCCCCCUUUACAGAUGAAGAAACUUGUCUCGGAGCCGGGAAUUGUCCCGCGUCCCGUCUCAGAGCAGUUUGGGGUUUAAAGCCCGAGCUUUCUCCGAGGCCUCUUUCUGCUCCCAGGGACGAAUGGAGCUGGGGAGGGCUUAGAGACCAGCCCUGUUUCCCUCGGGAAGUGGAAGCCAGGGCAAGGAAGGGGGCGGGCACCGGGCACCUCGCAGGUGUCCGGGGCUUUCCAAGUAUCACCCUGCUGGAUCAUCCCUAACGUGGGCAAAGAGCCCUCAUAAUCCCCAUUUUACAGCUGAAGCCACCGAGGCAGGACUGAAGGACCCCGAGGCUGCUCUUCCAUCUUCUCCCUGACUCGUGUGCUGGCACUCGGUGCCCAGAAUUCUCUGCCAGCCUCAGGGAGCACCCGGUCUCAGGGAGCCAUGCUCAGGCCCGCCACUAGGUGGUGCUCCAGCCCAAGGGACGGAGCGUGUGGGCAUCCCAGAGCCGCUGGUGGUUAGAAUGGGCCAGGGGGCUCGCCGUCCUCCUCCUCCUCUCCUCCCCCCCCCUCCUCUGGGAGGGUGAAGCAAACGAAGCAAAGGAGCCUCCUCCGGGGCCUCCCCCCAGCCCGCGCCCACAGG